GUUAGGCUCGCUAGCUGCUGCCCAGAGCGUAGGGGAGUAGACGACCGUAGUGGCCAUGGCGCGCGCGCUGGCGGAUCUAGCGGUGAACUUGCAGGUCCCCCGGGUCGUCCCCAUCCCGGAUUCGGACUCGGAUACAGACUUGGAGGAUCCGAGUCCCCGGCGCAGUGCGGGUGGUCUGCAUCGAUCACAGGUCAUCCACAGCGGACACUUCAUGGUGUCCUCCCCGCAUAGCGACUCGCUGACCCGGCGACGCGACCAAGAGGGGCCGGUGGGGCUCUCCGACUUCGGGCCGCGCAGCAUCGAUCCGACACUCACUCGCCUCUUCGAGUGCUUGAGCCUGGCUUACAGUGGCAAGCUGGUUUCUCCCAAGUGGAAGAACUUCAAAGGCCUCAAGUUGCUGUGCCGGGACAAGAUCCGCCUAAACAACGCCAUCUGGAGAGCGUGGUACACUCAGUAUGUCCAGCGGAGGAGGAGCCCAGUGUGUGGCUUCGUGACCCCUCUGCAGGGUCCUGAAGCAGAUGAGCACCGGAAGCCUGAGGCUGUCGUCCUGGAAGGUAAUUACUGGAAGCGGCGCAUCGAGGUGGUGAUGCGCGAAUACCACAAGUGGAGAAUCUACUACAAGAAGCGGCUUCGUAAAUCCAGCAGGGAAGGGGAUUUCCUAGCUUCCAAGCAGGUGGAAGGUGGGUGGCCACCACCAGAGCGAUGGUGCGAACAGCUCUUCUCCAGUGUGGUGCCCGUGCUGCUUGGGGGCUCCGAGGAGGAGCCUGGGGGCCGACAGCUUCUGGACCUGGACUGCUUCUUGUCCGAUAUCUCCGACACGCUCUUCACCAUGACGCAGCCCAGCCCCUCGUCCCUGCAGCUGCCCCCAGAAGACGCUUAUGUUGGCAAUGCUGACAUGAUCCAGCCAGACCUGACGCCGCUGCAGCCCAGCCUGGAUGACAUCAUGGAGAUAUCAGAUUUCUUCACCAAUUACCGCCCUCCGCAGACGCCCACAUCUUCAAACUUUCUGGAGCCCCCCAGCUUUGGCCCUAUGGCUGACCCCCUCUUUGGCAGUGGGAUCCUGGGCCCAGAGAUGCCAUCUCCAGCCUCCUCUUCCUCCUCCUCGGGAAUGACCCCUCUCUCAGGAAAUACCCGCCUACAGGCUCGAACCAGCUGUCCUGGACCGUUGGAUCCCAGUGCCUUUUUGAAUUCUGAAUUCCUUCUUCCUGAAGAUCCUAAGACCAAAAUCCCACCUACUCCUAUGCCGACUCCUCUCCUUUCAUACCCCACCCCUGUCAAGGUGCACGGCCUGGAGCCCUGCACCCCAUCUCCCUUCCCUACGAUGGCUCCACCUCCCACUCUGUUGCCAGAAGAGCCCCUCUUCUCUGCCAGGUUUCCCCUCACCACAGUCCCUCCUGCUCCAGGAGUGUCUACACUUCCUGCACCUUCGACCUUUGUUCCCACCCCACAGCCUGGCCCUGCCCCCGGCCCUGCCCCUUUCUCCAUAGACCAUCUGCCUCCUGGGUACCCAGAACCUGUCUUUGGGCCUCACUUCACCAUGCCUCCGGGUGUGCAGACCAGAUGCAAGCCCUCCGCCACCCCAUCCCCUGGGGGAAGGAAAGCCAGUCCCCCCACCUUGGCCUCGGCCACUGCCAGAGACAACAACCCCUGCCUUACACAGCUGCUCAGGGCAGCCAAGCCUGAGCAAGCACUGGAACCUCCAACUGUGCCCAGCACCUUCCUCCAGCCUCCAGAGUCCCUGCAGGAUACAGUUUCUGAAAUCCCCUGUGCGCGUGCCUUCUUCCCCCCAAUCCCGGCCCAUACACCACCCCGGCCAUCUCUGGGGCAAGCCACAUUGGUUCCUCCCAGGUCCCUGGUUGUCCCCAAAGCAGAGCGGCUGUCACCCCCAGCACCCAGCGGCAGUGAGCGGCGGCUAUCAGGGGAUCUGAGCUCCAUAUCACCUCCGGGGAUACUGAGUGUCCACCUAUCUCCCCCUCAAACUAUCCUAAGUCGAGGUCGUGCAGACAACAAGAUGGAAAAUCGACGCAUCACACACAUCUCUGCGGAGCAGAAGAGGCGUUUCAAUAUUAAGCUAGGAUUUGACACCCUUCACACGCUUGUGAGCACUCUCAGUGCCCAGCCCAGCCUAAAGGUGAGCAAAGCGACAACGCUGCAGAAGACUGCCGAGUACAUCGUGAUGCUACAGCAGGAACGGGCAGCCAUGCAGGAGGAGGCGCAGCAGCUGCGGGAUGAGAUAGAGGAGCUCAAUGCUGCCAUCAACUUGUGCCAGCAGCAGCUACCGGCCACUGGGGUGCCCAUCACACAUCAGCGCUUUGACCAGAUGCGAGACAUGUUUGACGACUAUGUCAGGACCCGCACACUGCACAACUGGAAAUUCUGGGUAUUCAGCAUCCUCAUCCGGCCUUUGUUUGAGUCCUUCAAUGGGAUGGUGUCUACCGCAAGCUUGCACAGUCUCCACCAGACCUCGCUAGCCUGGCUAGACCAGUACUGUUCCCUGCCUGCUCUCCGGCCAACUGUCCUGAAUUCCCUUCGCCAACUCAGCACAUCCACCAGCAUCCUGUCGGACCCAAGCCGUGUGCCUGAGCAAGCCACACGGGCAGUCACAGAAGGCACCCUGGGAAGACCAUUAUAAUCCUGGUGAAGGUUGCCAAGCUUCAGACAUAGCUAGUGGGCACUCCCCUCCUGAUCCUGGCUAGCCCAUUCCCUGAGAGUCAGGCAGGUUCCGGGUUUUACACUUACCACCUCCUGGGGAUGGAGAAGAACCUAGUUCCCAUCCCUGCACCAUCACUAAUGCUUGGUCCCUGGUGACUCAUAUCCCAUCUUUGGACCUCCAUUUAAUCACAGAGAACCCUAAAGGCAUUAGCAGCUGUGACUCUGGGGACUCGGGCUACCCAGGGAGCUCUGAGGAGAGAAGAUUCCAAUCUGAUUCCCUACAACUCCCUGCUUCGGACAGAGGGUACCACCCCUUAGUUCCUGAGCAGGGAGGCACACAGGAGAGCCCCUCUCUUUGUUCCUGCACUGGUGACAUGGGGAGCUAUAGGGUGGCUUUGGGGUAUGGUCACCAAGGUCUGAUGCAAGGAGAGAUCAGGGCAAGGGGUGGCCACAGCAAGGCAGGCAUCUUGCAUGUAUGUAGAUGUGUGUGUGAGUAUGUGGAUUUUAUAAAAAUAUUUUUGAUCAAUAAAGGCAAAAACUGUCUGCAAGGAUGUUGGUGUGACUGGCAGCAUGUCUCAGUGUUAGCAGUGAAAAGUGGCUUUGUAGAGGACCCUGUGGGUCUUUAAAAAAAAAAAGUACUCAAAGAUUGUUUUGUUCUCUUUUCUGAUUCAAGGUUUCUCUCUGUACCUCUGGCUGUCCUGAAACUCUCCCUGUAGACCAGAAUGGCCUUGAACUCAGAGAUCUGUGUCCUCUGCCUCCCAAGUAGUGGAUAAAAGGCAUGUGCCACCACUGCCUGGCCUCUGCCCUGCCCCCUACUUCUGGCUUUUACAUGGGUGUUGUGGUUCUGAACUCAGGUCCUCAUGUUUACACAGUAAGCACUUUACCUACUGAGCCAUCUCCCCAGCCUACCACCCUUGCUUUCAUGAGGUGAAAGCUACUGGCAAAUUCUGGGUAAAGAUAAGACAAAAAUCAAGUAAAAGUUUGUUGUUUUUUUAUUUAAAAUUUUUUAAAUUAUGUGUGUCUGUCUGUCUGUAUGUGCAUGAGUGCAGGUCCAAGUGGAGGCCAGAAGAGGGCGUGGUAUCCCCUGCAGCUGAGUUCCUGGGUGUGCCAGCUGCCACAUGGGAGUUCUGGGAACCAAGUGGGGGACCUCUGCAAGAGCAGUUCCUGCUCUUAACAGCUAAGUUAUCUUCCAGCCCAUUUUUUUUCCUUCUUGAUACAGGGUCCAGCUGUGUAUCCUAGGCUGAUCUCAAACUUAAAAUUCUCCUGCCUCAGCCUCCCCUAAGAUUUCAAACUUCUGUGCCGCCACACUGAGCCUCACACAGGAAAUCCUCUUGUCUUUAGUCAAGAUGGAGGGCUUGUGCCAUCAGGCAGGCCUCGAACUCACAGAGAUCUGACUGCCUUUGCCUCCAGGAUGCCUGGAUAAAAGGCUCAACUGUUUGCAUACUUGAUCCUCAGUUGGUGGAACUGUGUGGGAAGGAUUUGAAGGUGUGGCUUCAUUGGAGGAGGUGAAUCACUUGGACUUUGAGAUUUGAAGAUGCACUCACUCUAUUUCCAGCAUAUUCUCUGCCUCCUACUUGCUGACCAAGAUGUGAACUCUCACUUGUUCCUGCGUUUGCUCUGCCAUCAUGGACUCUAGUGCUCUGAAAUUGUAAGCCCAAUUAGAUACUUUCUCUUGGAAGUUGCCUUGGUCAUAGUGUUGUCACAGCAACAGAAAAGUAACUAAGACAUGCUCUGCCCCACCCGUGUCAGCAUCCACUCCUGAAGGUACAGCCAGAGCUCUGUGUUCUCAACCACCCACGCCCUCUAUGAUCCAUCCCACUCUCCUGAGUCCUGCCUUGUGCCAGUUGUCCCCCUUCACACUAUUGGCUUCAGGCUGGGCUAUGAACCCUAAGGGCACGGGGUGGCUGUAUGCAGCCUCUCUCCUUAACUUGGCUAGGGGGAGAUUGCAUCUUGGAGUGUGGCCCACCAAGGGCUGUUACUGGCUUCUCUCUCUUGCUUCUUUGACAGCGUCUGUUACCUUUGUGUCACCGUGACCACAACACCUGACAGAAAUAAACUUGGGGAAAGAUUUA